AUGACCCCUACACAACAAUAUGCAACUUUGGAGGAAGGUUCACCAGUUGUCCAAUUUGUCCAUCAGGGCUCCCAAUGUGCCGGAGGAUUGCAUUUGAAGGCUCAGAAGUAUCGAGGCGAGACAUACCUGACUUACUGGAUGGGGAAUAAUGAACUGGACCCCCCUGUCGGAGCAGGAUACAUGCAUUUUAAUUCUAAUUCAGCCAUGCAGCUUGACAAUUCCUAUCGGGAACGGCAUCAGAUUCAGCCGGUUGGCUACCCAGCAGCAGACAAACAUGAGUUCCACGUCACUCAGGAUGGCACUGCAAUCGUGAUUGUGUACAGCCCCGUCUUAGGGGAUCUGAGUCCGGUUGGGGGGACUUCUGGGUGGGUUCUCGACGGAAUCUUCCAGGAAAUCGACAUUGAAACCGGAGCUUUGCUGUUCGAGUGGCACGCGCUUCAGCAUUUUCCGCUCAACACCACCUUCCACGACCUCGACAGCUGUGGCCACAGGCGAUGCGGAUCGGACCCCUCAACCGCCUUUGAUUUCUUCCACAUCAACAGCAUGGACAAGACCCCGACAGGCGACUACCUGAUCUCCUCCCGCCAUACCCACUCAGUCAUCAGCAUUGAUGCCUCCUCGGGCGCGGUGCAAUGGCAUGACGCCCGGUGGCGCGUCCCCGACAUGAUAACCCUAUUUAACAACUCCGCCAAGGCCGAGAACGACCGGAUGCCAGAGGCACGGGGAAUUGCCCUCAAAGCCGAUGUCCCAGCCCACCAGGUAUGGCUGCAGGCCUUCUACCGUCAUCCUAGUCAUCGCAAGUCCGGUUCUCGAGGCAAUGUCGAUAUCUUGCCCAGUGGCAAUGUUCUUGUCGGUUGGGGCCACAGUGCCGCCUACACGGAGUACACCGCUGAUGGUACAACCAUCCUCUGCAGUAUGCAUUUUAGCGCAUUUAUUCUAUUCUCAGUGGGACUUACCAACUCCUAUCGGAUUUUCAAGGAUUCAGGGGUCGGGCAGCCGCUUACAGACCCACCUGCAGUAGUAGUGGGGCGGCAGGUCUUUGUCAGUUGGAACGGUGCCAUGGAGGUUGCGAAGUGGAGGCUAGAAGUCCUGGAUGGCUCCGAUCAGCUCACGUUCCAUCCGGUUGUCACAGUCCCCAGGCAAAGCUUCGAGACGGCGAUCGCUCUUCCAUCUGGCUACGAAGCCAGCAAGUUUCGUGUGGUCGCUUUGGGCGAGGGAAAUGAGGAGCAGGCAAAGUGGAUUCGCUCAAAUUCAGAUUCAACAUCAUCACUGCACGUCUAG